GGGUUGGCGCUCUACUGCACAGGGCUGUUGCAAAGUUUCGCUUGCCAGGAUACGCCAGGAUUUUCCUGCUCCGCCGCUGCAACCUUGAACUUUGGCAACGUGGUUGAUAGUACCGUGGUGUAUCCCGCUAGCUGCUUUUCCAAAGCGCUUGGAAAUCCGGGAGAAAGGGGAAAAAAGCAACGCGAAGGAAGGAAAAAAAAAUAUCCCGAACCUCCCCCCCCUUAACUCCCUGCAUUCCAUUCAACCCCCACCCCCUAUCCCCAUUCCGCCUCCUGUCCCAAUUCACCAGCAGCCACUGCAAAACAGCAGCGAGAGUGAACCGCCGCCGAGAACAAGAGGGUUAAAAGUGUAGAUUGGAUUUCACCCCGGGAAAUCUAGCGCUCGGAGUGAACUUGAAUCUUUGGCUAUUUAAGGAGGACCGGGGCUGGUUGCGAAGUUGUGGCGAUUCAAAGCAGAGCUUUCUCCGGAUCCAUCUUUUCCUUUUGGAAGCGUUAGAUGAUUGUAAAAUGAAUAGAUGAAGCCGUUGCGCUUUUGAUACUUUUCCUCUCGGCAGAAGUGCUAUCUUAGAGCGAAGUCAUGAUGUAUUCUCCCAUCUGUCUCACUCAGGAUGAAUUUCACCCAUUCAUUGAGGCACUUCUUCCACAUGUCCGUGCAAUUGCCUAUACGUGGUUCAACCUUCAGGCUCGAAAACGCAAGUACUUUAAAAAACAUGAAAAACGAAUGUCAAAAGAUGAAGAAAGAGCAGUCAAGGAUGAGUUACUUAGUGAAAAGCCAGAAAUUAAACAGAAGUGGGCAUCCAGGCUUCUCGCCAAAUUGCGCAAAGAUAUCCGCCAAGAAUAUCGAGAGGAUUUUGUGCUUACUGUUACUGGGAAGAAGCACCCAUGCUGUGUAUUAUCCAAUCCUGACCAAAAGGGCAAGAUUAGGAGAAUCGACUGCCUUAGGCAAGCAGACAAAGUCUGGCGCCUGGAUCUAGUCAUGGUGAUCCUUUUUAAAGGUAUCCCCCUGGAAAGUACCGAUGGAGAACGGCUCAUGAAAUCCCCCCAUUGCACAAAUCCAGCACUUUGCGUUCAGCCACAUCACAUAACAGUAUCAGUCAAGGAGCUUGAUUUGUUUCUGGCAUAUUAUGUGCAGGAUCAAGAUUCUGGACAAUCAGGAAGUCCAAGCCACAACGAUCCUGCCAAGAAUCCACCAGUAUAUCUUGAGGAUAGUUUUGUAAAAUCUGGAGUCUUUAAUGUAUCUGAACUUGUGCGGGUGUCUAGAACACCUAUAACCCAGGGAGCUGGAGUAAACUUCCCCAUUGGAGAACUUCCAGGUCAACCAUACUAUCAUGACAUGAAUUCAAGUGUUAACUUACAGCGAUCACUAUCCUCUCCACCAACCAGUAAGAGACCCAAAACUAUAUCCAUAGAUGAGAAUAUGGAACCAAGUCCAACAGGAGAUUUUUAUCCUUCCCCAAAUUCACCAGCUGCUGGUAGUAGGACAUGGCAUGAAAGAGAUCAAGAUAUGUCUUCUCCUACAAUGAAGAAACCUGAAAAGCCUUUGUUUAGCACUACAUCUCCCCAGGAUUCUUCACCAAGACUGACUUUCCAGCAUCAUCAUCCAGGAAUCCCAGGAGUUGCACACAGUGUCAUCUCAACUAGAACUCCACCUCCACCUUCACCAUUGCCAUUUCCACCACAAGCUAUUCUUCCUCCUGCCCCAUCUAGCUAUUUCUCUCACCCAACUAUCCGAUAUCCUCCUCACCUGAAUCCUCAGGAUACUUUGAAGAAUUAUUCUUAUGACCCGUCCAGUCCACAAACCAGCCAGCCUAACAGCAGUGGUCAAGUAGUAGGGAAAAUGCCUGGCCAUUUUACUCCAGUUUUGGCACCCUCUCCCCAUCACAGUACGAUGAGACCUGUGACCUUGACUAUGACAGACACUAAGCCCAUCACUACAUCCACUGAAGGUGAGGCAUCUUCACCUACAGAAACCACCUAUACAGCUUCAGGUACCUCCCAAGCCAAUCGAUAUGUGGGACUAAGUCCAAGAGACCCUUCCUUCCUACACCAGCAACAGCUGAGGAUAUGUGACUGGACCAUGAAUCAAAACGGCAGGCAUUUAUACCCCAGUGCCAAUGAGGAUACAUUGGGAAUUACUUGGCAAAGUCCUGGUACCUGGGCUAGCUUGGUCCCCUUUCAAGUAUCAAACAGGACAUCAAUUCUGCCCACAAAUGUCCAAAAUUAUGGUUUGAACAUAAUUGGAGAGCCUUUUCUUCAAGCAGAAACAAGCAACUGAGGGAGAUUGAAACUGAACAAUACUAUAAAAGAAAGGAAGAUGGGACAAAAGCAAAGAAGAAACUGAAGAAAGAAGAAACAUAAACCAGCAAUUGCAGCACUUACAAUCAUUAAUUCCCUUAAGAUUGAAACUGUAAUGGCAAAACAACAGCAACAACAAAAAGCGGGAUUGGGGGAGAGGAUCAAUGAUAUUUCACUGAUCGUGGAAAUAUGCUCCUCCUGAGUAGCCUUUGUUCUAUGAAAUUCACUGGGAAAUAGAUGUUCUGUCUCUGACAAUAUAUUUUAACUGACUUUCUAGAUGCCUUAAUAUUUGCAUGAUAAGCUAGUUUAUUGGUUUAGUAUUCUUGUUGUUUACGCAAUACGCAUGGGAUCACUAUUCCUAGUUAGCUCUCAAAACAAAGGCUAGGAGGCAUCCACAGAGCUGCAGGAGAAGGAAGGCCAGAAGCCAUUUUUUUCCUCAGCAGUCUGGUUUCUAAAAGAUUUUUCAAAGAAAAAGAAACAAAUUCAGCUUUUAGUUGUCAACCCCAAUUUAUUUAACUUAGGUCCUUAACCCAGUCUUUUCUUAGUGUGUUAUCCAGUUUAAAUUUUUCAGGAAGUCAUUUAAAUAAGCAGGCAUUCUAUAAAAUCAAUGCCUUACUUUGGGUAAAAGAAAGUGUUAUCUUCUCAAAUGACAGUUUAAAAAACCUGAGAAAGACACUAAAAUAAUUCCCCAUGCUAAUGAAAACAUUAGAGGCAAGUGCAAUUUAAAACCUGUAUCUAAAGGGGAUAAUUGUUAUAAGUCCUUUAGCCCUUGGACUCUAAAUCGAGGGGAUUAAAAGACAAGAUAAGUUUCAAAAGUAUUUCGAACAAAUGUAUUUUUCCCCCACUUUUGAAAGGGAGGGGUCAUUAAAAGGCAUUAACUAAAUCAAGACAAAUCAUUUACUUGAGAAAAGGAAAUUAAUUGAAACACAGCACUUAACAUUGAUUUAGCUUCUGCCUCCUUUGAGGUAUCUUAUUUAUUUAAAGUUACUGGUUGGAUCAAGAACCCAUAAAUAAUGGAAACGGUUUUCUAGAACCUUCAUGACAGAGACAGAGAGGUAAAUCCAUGUCACAGGAGCAUAGCUUCUGGUUUACAAAUGGGAAUGAUAGGUUGUCGGGUUGUGGGAAAGGGAUCUGAAAUAUAUAUUUUAAAAAUGCACUCUUUAAAAAGCAUAAUGACAGGGUGCUGAAAACUUGCAUGGUGCUCUCAGAAAUUAGCCUUGUUUGACAGAUUUCUCAUAUACACAAUAUUGUGCAUGGGCAGAUACAUUUGCCUCUACGUCUCUAUAAAAGAAUAAUUGAAACUACUCUAUCCAGUAAUCCUAAUUUGCACGAAGUUAUAAUGUCCACAUAACGUGCCUUGCCUUGAAAUCUAAAAAGUGACAUCACUACACUUGUUUUGCUGCAUUUAUUAUCAUUUUAAAUCUGUACCAUUUUUAUGACAAAAUAUUUUGUACUCCAGAUGGGAAAACAACAACAAAAGUGACAUCAUGGAUUUUUUAAGCAGUUAUAACUUUAUCUCACAUUUAUAAAGCAUAUCAUGGCUGUGUAUAGUUGCCGCUUAAAAAUUGUAAUCGACCAGCAAUAUUUUCAGUAUUUUGGUGUUUUUUCUAUUAAUCUUUCAUGUUUUUUCAUCUUCCAAUUAAUAUUGGGGGGAGGGGAUUCAAAUUUAUACGACUUAUGCAAUACCAAGUUUUGCCUAUGUAGGUAGUGCUUUUAGCUGUAUUGGUUAUUAUAGGUAAGUACACAGAUUUAAAAGACAAAAGAUUAAUGUAUGCUUUUUUGUUUGUUUGUUUGUUUGUUUUAAUUGACCAAAGUGGGUACUGCUAUUUUUGCAGUGUGAUGAGGUCCUUUUUGUGUACUAAGAGAUGGACAGGGGAUUUUUUUAAAACUACGUACAUAUAUCUAUAUAUUCUGGGGUGGGUGGGGAGGAUUUUUAACACUUGACAGUGUAGCUGUGAAGCAGAGCACCAUUGGCUGGGUGAAGGCUACAAAGCGACUCUUCUUCCUACUGUGAUUUAAAAGCAAAAGAAAAAAAACCUUAAAAAAGGUGUUUUCUUUUAAACUUUCCACCUGGGGUGCAAGCUGAAAUCAUUUCUGGUUUGAAAACAGACAUAGUAAUAAUGAAAAAUAAAUAAAGAUGGAUUUUAUUGGAGGCAGACCUGAUUUGAGAAAAAAAAUACCUACUUAGAAAAAAAAUAAUCUCAAGACCCACAGAGAUCAAAAACCCUGUAGAAUUUUGCAAGUUAUACAUCCAUCAUAUAAAAACCUAGUUUGACAUUUAAACAUCACAUAGCAUACAGUGCCAAAACAGUAUGUGCUAUGAGACAAAACAUCUUCUAAAGAUGCUAAUUGUAUACUAAGUAUUGAAUUGGAUUCAGUAUUUGUUUUCUAUGAAUGGAGGCAUUUCCAGUGGGAAUUCCAUAAUGUCUUCUUCUUUGUCCUUUUACAAGAAAUGAAAUUCUGAUUUCCUUUUCGGCAUCCCCCAGCAUCACUGAUUUCUAUUGUCAGAGAUCAGGUAGGAAUGAAGGACUGGAUCAGUCAGGGACUAAUCAGUCAGUGGAUUGUUUUGCUGGAUCAGACCCUUUCUAUAUCCUUUCUCCCAUGUGGAUCUGUGCUCCUUUAUUUCAGUACAAAUCGCCAAGCACAAAAAUGCACAAAAUGUGUUUGUGGACAACCUGGUUAGAUAUUAAAAUUAGUAAUGUAGAAAACUAUCAGCUCUGAUGGCUUAAUUCUAAAGGUUUUCUUCUCUGGAUAAAGGGUGAUUCUAUGGGAUCACAGCCCCCUUGCACAAAAUCUACAACUAUGAAAUUGUUAAUUUCCACACUGUAUUUCUAGUACUGAGAAGAACACAAGAGUAGUCAGUCUUAUUUUCAUGUUCUCACAAAGACCCUAGCUCUUUUCUACGUAACUAGUUAUAAAGCUUAGAUUAGGUAAAAAUGAAAAUGACUUAGCCUUACAAUCUAUUUUUUUUUAAAUAACACAUUAUACAGACCUAGUGUUGAGAGAAUGCUCAUCAGUUGUAUUUUGCACCCAGCAGUAAAAGAAAAUUUACCAAUUAGCAUAAUCCCAUAUUGUCUCUAGGAUAGAAAUGAAUGUAAGUACAAAUCUAAUGUUAGUAUUCAUAACUGGCAUGGAUGUAGGUAUUUUGUCCUUGGAGUCUGUACUGAAAUACAAACUAAAACCCAAACUAAUAUUCAGUCUCCGUGUUUACCAACACAUAAUUUUUAUUUGCCUUUAGUUUCAGCAAAUGUAAAUUGAUAGGCAGUUCAAACACUUUUAUACCCUUAUAAAGAAACGUUUUAAACAGUUUUUAAUCUGCUCUUUUCAAGCAGCUAUACAAAAUGGAUGAAAAUUCCAAGAGAGUACAAUUUCCCUUCAAAUAAGUGUAGCAACAUAAAAGUAAAAAUAAAAUUAUUUUGAAGAAGAGUAGCCCAAAAGAUUGCCAUUAGACCCAGAGAAGCUACUUCUAGACAUUCUGUCCAAAUUCAUGUGAAAUUUCACUCUUCCCCCAAAAGAGCAGUAUUUCAAAACAUUUCUCUCAACUAGAAAUAAGCAAUACUUAGGAUUGCCAUAAAAUAAAUAAUAAAAAUAAUCCUGAUCUCCUGUUUUGACCAUGGCCUUUGGUGCUAGGCACAAUAUGUCAAUCAAUUUCCACCUGCAUUGCCACUGAAUUAAUUGGUAUUUUACUAGUUGCAGCCUUCUUUAAAAUAGUGCUGAGAAUUAUCAAUGCUGAAAGAGAAUCAGAUUCCCUUUCAGAUUUGGCCUGCACCAAUAAAUGCCUUUUUGAGAAAGUUGCUUCUGUAAAGUCUUAAGGGCAGUUGUAAAGCUGUAGGAUUGUUGGUAAGGCUUGUAUUUAUAGGUAAAGUAAGAAUGAAACCAACUAUAUGUUGGCUCUUUUUCUGAGCCCCUUUGUAAGUGAAUUAAUUCACUAAAUAUAUGCCUGUUAGGAAGAACUGAAAUGUACAAACACUUAAGAGUUGGUGGGCCACAAAAUGAUGCACUGUUCUUUCAGUUUAUCCCUUAAUGAGGGAGAGUUUCAUUAAAAAAGGCUGGAGUGUGGUAGCCACUUAAUCCAGAAAUAAUUUAUUUCAUUGGGAAUACUGAAACCAAGUUGAAUUCAGUUUUUAAAGUGCAAUAGUAUAACAAACAAGCAGAAUUUGACAGAGAACAGUUGCAAUUCAAUUUCAUAAUAAUCCUGACCUAACUAAUACAUCAAUCAAAUGGAUGUAUUUUUUUAUCAAAGGAAAAUAUUUAUAAAAGGCUACCUUGCUAUUUUAGAUCCACUUUCUUGACAUUAAAUUACUUGGUCAUUUGGAUCAUAAUUCUGACAAAAUUUUCAGGAUAAUGCUCUCUGUGGGUUUUUCUGCCUCUCUUUCUAAUUGAAAUAUCCAUCGUAUCCACAUCUUCUACACUUCUCUCAGAGCUGAGAAUUCCAGUGCAGAACGAAGUGUUAACACACUCUAAAUCUAAUCUAAAUCCCCUCCUUAAUCAGUAAGUAUAUUCUGACAAAAUCAAGUCACCCCGUUCUAUGUGCACUGUUCUGCCUUUUUCAAUUGCUUUGCAGCCUUUGCCUCUUGGCAGUGUCACUGAAGUGUUUUUCCCCCCUAGAAUGACAUGAACAGUUGAGGCUUGACUAAGGAAAAAAAGGCAGUGAAGGAGACUGUACAUAGACAUGGCAAAAUAUUAAAUAUAGCAAUAUAGUUGUGUGUUCAGGACGGCAGCUCCAUUUAUAAUAUGUGAAUGAACCUGUGAAGCUGCAAUGAAGAGAAGAACAGAGGAUCUUCUUAAUGAACCCACCUAGCGUGUAGACAGUAAUUUGUACACUGUAUAGUUUUGUUAAGAUUUUUUUUAAAGCACCCUCGUUUGUAAAGCUAAUUUUUAGCAAUUAUAAUGGAAAUGUAUGUCAUUUCCACUUCUAACGUAAACAAGAAUCUUCCUUGUUUGGAAACUGGACUUGGGUUAAAACUCUCCAGUUUCUUAAUUUAUGUAUUAAAACAAACAAAAAAAUCUGUCCAUGUUACGAGAUAUUUCACUAUGCUUGAAAAGCAUAGGUUACUGAUCCUUUUAAAAGAAAUUGUAAAUGGAGAAAAGUUAUAUUUUAUGAAGGUUAUUUUGUUGUAUUUAGUAUUGGAAAGUUGGGUUUUGGAGCAUUUCAGAAUGUUGGAAGCACCACUGUCUUUUUUUAUUAGUAUAUAUGGCCUUUAGCAAAAAAUGUUGUGAUUGUUACAUGAUGGUAUUUAAGAGCAGGUUCACAGAGCAUCCAGGAGAGAAUUUCAGUGAAAGAAAAAUGAAAACAGUACUUAUGUCUCAUAUAGCAGUGUCCUCAGGGAGCAAAAAUUUGGAUUUGCAAUUAGGAGCUUCGUAAGGACUUACUGAAUGAGAUUGCACAAGGAUAUACUGAGCUUUGUCAACAGUGCGUGUCCUGUAUCUAAGUCAUUCUAAAUUUUGUAUACUAUGUGAGAUUGUGAAGGCUGCAUCCCACAUUUGAUGUACAGUAUUCACCCUUGGGAAAGAAAGAAAAAAUCUCUACACCCAUGCUGGCAGUAAUGCCUCCAGCAUGACAUUGAUUCUAGUUUACAUGUUCCUGCCAAGGUAUUUUGUUAACAUUUGCCAGCUGCAUGCUUCCUAGGCUUUUAUUUUUUUAUUGGGUUUCUAUAAGAGAUGCUAAACGAAAAACAAUGCAGGCAAAUCAUGUUGAACACAGAAAGCUCAAAAUUGAAUGUCCUACUCCAUGCGGAAGGAGCUGAAACCUGCCUCCUUCAUAUUUGCACUUUCUGAGAGUUCCCCUGUUUUUUCUAUCUCCUCAAAACUUUGUGGGUGUGUUGGAGCCCACAGUCAGAGGAUAACACGGACCACUGGGUUUGCCCUUUGACCCAGCACAAUGACCCUUGCAUCAGCCAAACCUAUUGCCAUGACAACUCUUGUACUGUUUCCAUGCCACAGCUCUAUUGGUCACAUUUGUUAAUAGCAAAGGGGACAAAGCAGGAGACGGUCAAUUUAUACAUUUUUGUUGCAAUUUUUUUUCCUCAAUGGUUGUAAGUAGUUUUUUUAUAUAUAUAUAUAAUAAAAGGGUUCACUAGUUAUUACUCCUUAGGAUUAUCUGUGUGUUGCAAUUAAAAUGUAUGUUGACUUUGUGAAAGGGGCUUCAGUGGCACUCCCCACCCCACCCGUGCUCAUUCAAGCCUCCGUUGCAUUUAGUGCUCAAAAUCUUUCCAGGAAGACUCGAAACAAACACAGCAAGCAAAAAAGCAACGGAUGGCAGCAAGAGCCAGUGCCACUGAAUCCAGUCUUUGUAUUACUGUAUUUUUGACAGAAUGGUUUUGAAAACUGUGCUACAGGGACUGAUGUGGCAAAAUGUGUAUCUAUAUGCAGAAGGACUUUUUUAAAAAUAAAAAAGAAGUAUGGCUUAUUAUGCAUUCUUCAUAGAGGGCAUUGAAGUUGCAUGGACUUGCGAGAAGUUGAUGCAAAAUGAGAGAGAGAAAGAGACAAAAAAAAAACCAGCAAAAAAAAAUGUUUACCAAAAAGAAAAAAAGUGAGAAAUUUUAAAAAAAAAUGACCAGUGCCUGUUCAGUUUCACAGUCUCUGUUGAGUUCAGUUGUAAAUAUGUUUCAGAUAACAUUUACUUCAAAAAAAUAAAAUAAAAAUAGAAAACUACAACAUGGUAGAAUGUGAGGGGUGACACCUUCCCAGGCUUAGACUUCUCAAGAGCUACAUUAGAUUAUGUCUUCAUCAAGCUGUUAAUUUGUGCUUAUAUCAUAUAGGACUUUAGUGAACUGGGAAGAAGCACCCCAAUCUCAAUGAUAAUUCUCUAAGAACAAUUUUUGUAGGGCUGUGUGUUUCUUUAGAUACAUUUAGUGCAACUGUAGGUGACAAGUAGUCAGUUAUUGCUUGCUAGCUACACACCAGGGUUGAUCCAUUUUAAAACUUCUGGCAUGGUCUAUCCUUCUCCACUUCUCCCCAGAGCCAGAGGUCCCCAAUAUGUUAGAUGUACUUCCGUUGGCUUUGUUUUUAAACGCAUGCAGAAUUUUGGUGUAAUGAUAAAUUUACCCAUAGGAUGCAUAUAUACUCUGCAGUUUUCACUUUUACAAAAUUGGGACCUCUGGCCACCAGGCUCUUUUGGGGGCCAGAAGGUUUGUAAGGAGAGGUUCUGGGGAGAAGAACUCUUGCUUAUUUGCAGGACAGACAUGUUCUUUGGAGUACUUUUCAUUAGGUUACAAAGCUCAGCUGCCACAAGUUUUAAACUGGUGUAAAUCAAGCUUGAGUUAAUGUGAUUUACUGUUAUAUCCAGCCUAUACUGCUAGCAGCUGCUCAUACUGCAGUCAAUUACUGGAAGCAGAUAUAUUUCCUAUGCAAAACUGUUUAAACAAUAAAAUGAGCUAUGCUACAG